AUGGGCAAGGACAGCAAAAAGUCUGCAAGUUCCAGUAAAUCCAAGGUUAAUGAACCUGUAAAAGAGGCUAUAGUGGACUCGCCGAUAUCGCUAUUGAAGGAUGGAGGAGUUAAAAUCUCUGUACAUGUCAAGCCUGGGGCGAAAACCACACAAGUGACGGAUUUUGGGGAUGAUUCUGUUGGAAUUCAGCUGGCCGCACAACCGAAAGAAGGAGAAGCAAACCAAGAGCUAGUUGAUUUCCUGUCUGAAGUCUUGAAGCUUAAAAAGUACCAAGUAACAUUGAUCAGUGGUCAUAAAUCGCGAGAAAAGGUCGUCAGAGUUGAAGGAAUGGAUGUUGAGACUGUACAGAGGCUUCUGCAACUUUCAUAG